AUGCCGGCCUAUACUAAGUUCUUGAAGGAGUUUCUCUCCAACAAACGCAAACUUGAAGAUGAGCUUAUCACCCUACCCUACCAAGCAAGUGCUCUUGUGCAACGAACCAUGUCCAAGAAGCAAAGGGAACCCAGGAGUUUCACCAUGCCGGUGAAGAUAGGUGAUUUAGAGCUUAAGGAUGCACUGGCCAAUUUAGGAGCGAGUGUCAAUUUGAUGACACUAUCUAUUGCUAAGCACCUUAAAUUUCCUCUUCAUCCUACGCGAAAAAUGAUUAAACUGGCAGACGACACUGUGAGAGUCCCCUAUGGUGAGUUUAAGGAUAUACCAAUUCAAGUUGGGCAUGUGUUUGUGCCAUUUGAUUUUGCGGUAAUGGAUAUGUAA